GCCACAGUAUAGACGCUUUUUUUCAUGGGGUGAACAAUGCUGUGAACGAUUUAAUGUUGAUUCGUUGAAAUGCUUUUGUUUUGUAAGGCUCAUGUUAUUUAUAUGUAAAUAUCAGGAUAUGAAUUUUAAGAAGGGGCAUUUGUAUUUUUGCGUGGGUUUAAUAUGGUCGCCCAAUUUAUGUGUACAUAUGUAUACUCUUGAUUAGAGAUUUCAAUGAGAGUUUCAUAUCUGAUAUAGCAUUCUGUGUUAACAAACUGUGAUAAUAAACUGUGUUUGUACAUAUACAUGCAUGCUAUGCAUACUAUUGCAUACACGCAUUUGGCGGAAUUGGUGUGUAGCGAGUUAGGUCCUUGAAUGGUUUGUCAACAAAUAUUUCGAUUUUGUAACAGAAAUAUUUACGAAAAAAUGGACAACGAUAAAAGUACUAUGCUGGCGGUUCUUCAACUGCUCAGAAAAUAUAAUCUGAAGGGAACAGAAGAGUUAUUUAAAAAAGAGGCGAAUUUGACUGACAUUUCUGCGGAUGAAGCUCAACAGACAGACUCCGAAGUUAAUAGUGUUCUCUCUGCGUACAAGAGCGAAGGAGAUCCUGCACUCUAUGAGAAAGCGUAUAGUGAGCUAAAAAAAUUUGUAGAAGGUUCAUUAGAUAUAUACAAGCAUGAAUUGGGUACUAUAUUAUACCCAGUUUUGGUACAUAUGUACCUCGAAUUGGUAUAUAAUAAUCACUCGGAAGAAGCGAAGCAGCUCUUGGAAAGAUUUGGAGGAAAUUUGGAGGAAUAUUAUCAAAAUGACUUGAAAAGACUGUCUAAUGUUACCAGACGCGAGCAGAUGGCGGGAAACGAAUUAACCGAUACUUUCAAAUCAAAUCAGUUCAUAAUUAGGAUGUCAAGAGACACACUUUCGAUAAUAAAAAGGCAUCUACAAGAAAAAAAACACAGCGUGCUGUUGAACAUUAUACAAGAACAUUUGUAUUUUGAUAUGUACGAAGGAGUAGCAAGAAAUAAACAGCAAAUCGAUGCCACUUCGGGUGCUGUAGUAGGAGAAGCAACGAGACAAGACAAUAAGGCCAAGGUGUAUUACGGACUUCUAAAGGAGCCGGACAUCCAAUCUUUGCCGCCAACAGAAGAAGAAGAGGACGAUACAGGUGGCGCAGACGGUGAUAAACCAAAAAAGAAGAAAGCAAAGAAGGAUCCUCUAUUUUCUAAGAAAACCAAAUCAGACCCGAAUGCGCCGCCUGUAGGUAGAAUGCCCUUGCCGAAUUUAAAAGAUGCGGACAAAUUGGAGAAAGUAAAGGCGCUUAGGGAAGCAUCGAAACGGGUUGUAUUGGGUCCGGACAUGUUGCCGUCUAUAUGUUUUUAUACGAUUCUGAAUGCAGUUCACGCAUAUAGUGUGACAGCGGCAGAAGUAGCCGAGGACUCGAGUCUAUUAGCCAUCGGGUUCAGUGACUCUAGUAUCAAAGUAUGGAGCCUAGUCCCACAGAAAUUAAGACUGAUGAAGACCGGAGAACAACUGCAGGACAUCGAUAGAGAAGCAGAUGAUGUAUUGGUGAGGAUGAUGGACGACCGUACAGCGGAAACAGCGAGGUCUUUAUUCGGGCAUAAUGGUCCCGUAUAUAGUUUAUCGUUUAGUCCGGAUAGGAAUCUUCUUCUUUCAUCCUCGGAAGAUAGCACAGUUAGACUGUGGUCCUUGCAUACGUGGACAUGCGUCGUUUGCUACAAGGGACACUUGUUCCCAGUAUGGUGCGUGAGAUUCUCGUCUCAUGGUUAUUACUUCGCGACAUCCUCACACGACAAAACUGCCAGACUCUGGGCGACCGAUUCGCAUCAACCUCUACGAAUAUUUGCUGGUCAUUACUCGGAUGUAGACGUGGUACAAUUUCAUCCAAAUUCGAACUACGUAGCGACAGGCUCCAGCGAUAUGACAGUAAGAUUAUGGGACUGCGUCACCGGUAGCCAAGUGAGAUUAAUGACCGGGCACAAAGCUCCGAUUUACUCCCUUGCUUUUUCCGCAGAAGGUCGAUUUCUAGCAUCAGCUGGGGCAGACCAUCGGGUUUUAGUUUGGGACUUGGCGCACGGUCAUCUCGUCGCUGCCCUGUCGAACCAUACCGGUACCGUUCACUGUUUGUCGUUCAGCAGGGACGGUAAUAUACUGGUCUCGGGGUCGUUGGACAGUACGAUUAAAUUGUGGGACUUCACCAAGCUUGCGGAGGAGAUGAGUUUAGAGGACGUGAACGUGUCACACAACCCGGACGUGAAAACGAACGCGGAAACCUACCUUCUCAGGACUUUUGCGACCAAAAACACGCCCGUUUUGACGUUGCAUUUUUCCCGAAGAAAUUUACUCCUGGGGGUUGGAAUGUUCGAGUCAACAUAGCGAAUGUACACACAUCCUGUCGUCGAGUUUCAAUUCUAUUUACAGAACACUGUCUGGCAUUGACUUGCUGUUGUUAUAAUAUAAAAGCUUUUGUUAAUAAACUUUUUCACAUUGAUUA